AUGACAUCUCCAAACCCAAAUUUCAGACACCCAACACUACAACUCUUACAAAAAUGCAAAACCCUAACCACUCUCAAACAAAUCCAUGCCCAAAUGAUCCAAUCCACUCUCACUCUCCACACAUACCCACUCAGUAAACUCCUCUACAUUUCCUCAACUCUACACAUUCCUCACACACUCUCAAUCUUUAACCAAAUUCAAAACCCAACAAUUUUCCUCUUCAACACACUAAUUUCCUCCUUUGCAAAUCAAACUCAACGCACCCACUUAGCCUUCAGUUUAUACAACUCACUUCUGUGUCAUAAUUCUGUUAAACCCAAUUCUUACACUUACCCGUCUCUCUUUAAAGCUUGUGGGUUGCACCCUUGGGUUCAAUAUGGGUUACCCCUUCACACCCAUGUGGUUAAAUUUCUUGAACCGGUUUAUGAUCAGUUUGUUCAAGCUUCAUUGGUUAAUUACUAUGCAAAUAUUGGUAAGUUGAGUUUGGCUAGAUAUAUAUUUGAUCAGAUUAGUAAACCUGAUUUAGCCACGUGGAACUGUAUUUUAGCUGCUUAUGCACGUAAUGCUAUUUUAUCAUUUGAAACGUUGAGUUUGUUUAAUACCAUGCAAAAUUCUGAAGUUAAGCCGAAUGAAGUUACGUUUGUUGCUUUGAUUAGUGCUUGUGCUAAUUUAGGUGCUCUUAGUGAAGGUGCAUGGGCUCAUGUAUAUAUACUAAAGAGUAAUAAUCUUAGGUUGAAUUCAUAUGUGGGUACUUCUUUGAUUGAUUUCUACUCAGAAUGCGGGUUUCUUGGUAUUGCACACCAACUGUUUGAUAAAUUGUCUCAGAGAGAUACUUUAUGUUACUCCCUCCUGGGACGGAGGAAGUACAAUGCAAUGAUUGGAGGCUUCGCAAUUCACGGGUUCGGACAUAAAGCUCUUGAUCUGUAUGAAAAUAUGAGACUCGAGGGUUUUGUUCCUGAUAAUGCAACGUUUAUAGUCACAAUGUGUGCUUGCUCACAUGUUGGUUUAGUUGAGGAGGGUUGCGAAAUUUUUGAGUCUAUAAAGAAGGUUUACGGUGUUGAGCCGACACUCGAGCAUUACGGGUGUGUGGUUGAUCUUUUAAGUCGAGCCGGGAGAUUUACGGAUGUGAAAGAUAGAGUGGAGAGCAUGCCUAUGAAGCCCAAUGCAAUAAUAUGGAGGUCUAUAUUAGGAGGAGCUAGAAUUUAUGGAGAGUUGGAGAUGGGGGAGUUUGCACUUAAGCAACUAAUGGAGGUAGAACCAGAAACUAGUGGGAAUUAUGUACUUUUGUCGAAUAUGUAUGCAAGUAUUGAUAAAUGGGAAGAUGUGAAGAGAGUAAGGAAAUUGAUGAAAGAUCAUGGGGUCAUCAAAAUGCCUGGAAAUAGUUUAGUUGAUAGAAAUUUAUUUGAAGGUUGAAGAUAUUUAUUUGAUGAUUAUCAUGAUAGUUCUAAAUUUACAUCAAUUAUAUAUGGAACAUAUGUAAUUGUGUGAGAGAGAAAUAUGUAUCAUCAUUUUUUGAGUACAUGUGCUUGACGUCCAGAGCUA